AUGGAUCAGAAGGAUCAGGUGAUUACGGUAGUUACAGUAAUCGGGUUACGAUCGAUCGGAUCAAUAUUCGCGAUUUCGGGUUACUGUAGCUACAGUACUCCUGGUCUUGGAAAUUUUCACCAAACUUGGUCACUAAGGGUAGUGCCUCAACAAGUCUUCCGUGGCGACGGCACUGAUGGUCCCAUGUGGAGUGUCGAAGAACUUUUGAAACACUGA